AUGGGCGAUCCAUUUUCCGUCAGUGCGGGCGUGGUAGGCGUGGUCUCCCUGGGCCUCACGCUAUGCCAGGGCUUUCUCCGCUAUUACGGGCCUUGGAAGGAUUACGACGAGGAGAUUGAAGGGUUUACGACAAAGGUCGAUGGCUUGCAAAAGACUCUCAAGCUACUUGAAGGUUUCUUGAUGCCCGAGUCACAAGUUGUUGCCGUUGAUCAGUUUCGCCAGCUGGUCGCCGAGAAUCUUGCUUCGUGUCAGCAAGUUUGCGACAGGCUGGACGGGAUGCUGACGAAAUGCAAAUCAAGCAACACUUCGAGUGUUCCCUUUGUCAGGAAACAUGACUGGUUGCGUAUCAAGAGAGCGGUUUACCCGUUCAAGAAGGAGACGCUGGCCACGCUUUCCCAGUUGGUUUCGGGGCUCCAGGACAACCUGGGUCUUGCCCUCCAACUUUUGAACAGGUGA